AUGUCGACACCGCCAAACGACAACCCCAUGCAGGUCGAGACGGGCCUCGCGCCCACCCAGCUCGCCGCGCCCGCCGACCCGGCUCGCGAGGGCCUCAACGUCACGACGGGCGAGUCGACUCGCUCGACCUCCGCCGACCCGCUCCUCGCCGACAAGCCCGUCCUGAGCGACACGCACGAGGUCAUCGGCCGCAGCACCGGUCCCGAGGCGCACAAGUUCACGGCGCCCAAGGAGGACGACUCAAGCAUCGCCAAGCUCACGACCGGCCUCGGAGGGAUGGCCAUCACGGCGCCGCUCGCCGGCCUCGAGAAGCUGUCGCCUACGCUCGCCCACGGCGUCCAGGCCGUCGGCUCGUCGCUCGUCGACAUGGCGCACUCGCUCACCGGCACCGGGCCCCAGUACACGUCGGCCGAGCCCAUCAUCGACACGUCCGGUCUUCCCGACGCCAACCAGGUCGCAAGCACCCUGUCGAGCACGGCGCACAAGGUCCAGGAGACGGUCCAACCCGUCGUCAGCCAGGCGUACGAGUCGGCCAAGCCCGUCGUCGCCAACGCGGCGCAGCAGGUCCACGAGACGGUCAAGCCGGCGGCGACGAGCGCUGCGCAGUCGAUUCAGCAGUCGAUCGGUGGCCAGGCGCCUGCCGCCGCGACUCAGCUCGCCCAGCAGCCCUCGUCGCGCGAGACCGGCGUCGACCUCAGCAUGGAGCCGGCGGGCGCGCGCAAGCAGGUCCACCCGGUCGGCGCCGGCGGCAACACGUCGCUCUCGACCUCGACCGACACCGCCAUGACCUCGUCCUCGACUACGUCGACCUCGACCGGCGCGCCCGCUCACGGCUACGUCGAGACCGCCAUAGACGCCGUGCGCGGCGCCGGCAACUACCUGUCGCACCUCCUUCCCGGCCCCGAGAAGCAGCAGCAGAUGUCCGAGACGGCCGCUCAGGGCCUUGAGCGCGCGCCCGAGGUCGCGUCCAGCGCCGCCCAGUCGACGGCCUCCGGCCUCGCCUCGGCGGCGCAGACGACGGCCGCCGUCGCCGGUCCGGCCGCCAGCUCGGCCGCCUCGAUGGGCGCGACUGCGGCGCACAGCGUCGCCGGCGCGGCCACGUACGUCGCUGGCUCGGUCUCGUCGGCGGCGUCGACCGCGACCCACGCCUUUGCCGACUCGGCCCAGCAGGCCGCCGCCGCCGCCCACCUCCCGGGCUGGAACGCUCCGGCGCCGACCUCGUCGGGUAUCGACUCGUCCUCGUCCACCGCCGCUCCCGCCUCGGCCGGUCGCGGCUUCUCUUCGCCGCUCGAGCCGUCCACGCCCUCGGCCGACAGCCCGUCCCUCGGCAGUGGCCCGAUGGGCGGGUCCGACCCGUCGACGACGGGCAACCAGGCCGGCCUCAUCAAGAACUACCUGCGCGACGACCAGGCGUCGUCGACGGCCACCGCCGGCAAGGACGACCCGCUCGCCCUCACGCAGGAGGCCGACCCGUCGACGCGCCACAAGGACGAGGACAAGGGCUUCGACCUGCGCCGCUCGCACGACGAGCCCGCCCUCGACAAGCAGGUCUCGACACACACCCCGAACGAGCACUUCUCGACCUCGGCGUCGUCGACGUCGGGCCUUCCCGUCUUCUCGCCCGAGCGCGCCUCGCGUGCUCACUCGGACACGGACGUCGACCGCCCGACCCACCCGGGCACGUCGUCGGUCCCGUCGAGCCAGGCCGUCGGGACCGCGACAAUCCUGAGCCACGAGACGAUCGGCGGGCCCGCGAGCUACGGCACGCACGGCACGUCGUCGUCGUCGUCGGGCUUCGCGCAGUCGUCGUCGCUGCCGUCGCAGGAGGGCGUCGGCGCCGGCUUCGAGCGCUUCGCUCCGACCGCGCAGCAGUCGGCGGGCGGCAAGGACGAGCGCCUCGAGGGCAAGACGGCGGCGUUCAUGCCGCACAAGAGCGCGAGCUCGGCGUCGGGUACCGACUACGCCCCGACUCGCGACGACAUGCACACGCCGUCGCACGUCGACGACUCGCACUGGAGCGGCGAGCCGGUCAUGUCGGGCGCGGGCUCGCCGCGCACCUACUCGGCCGCGCACCCCGAGUCGGGCCUCGAGUCGAGCCGUGACGCCGCCUCGUCGUUCCCUACUUCGUCCUCGACGACGCAGGCCGAGCAGCACCCGACCUUCACCAAGGCUGAGGCCGAGCACCCGCCGUCGGGCGGCUCGCACGCCGGCGAGGCGUUCUCGUCGUUCGGCCCCGGUCAGCCUCCUGCCACGGGCCCGUCGGCGUACGGCGGCGGCAUCCUCUCGACCGGCGCUCCCUCGUCGACCUCUUCGCAGCACCUGUCGUCGGCGCCCGCGCCGCACCGUGGCUCGUCCGACCCGUUCCACCCGGACCAGUCGUCGUCGGCGUCGUCCAAGAUCGAGUCGACCGCCGCCAAGCUCGGCUCGGCCUCCACCUCGUCCACUUCUCGCGAGCACCACCACGGACAACACGAGCACUCGACCCUGUCGCCGUCGUCGUCGUCGGGCCAGCGCCAGCACGCCGAGUCGGCGGCUUCCUCGUCGGUCUCGCAAGGUGAGGGCGUCGGCGGGCUCAAGUACACGGACCCGAUCUCGAACACGACGACGCCUGCUUCGCCCCAGACGGCCAUGCCCAAGCCUGAGUCGAACCCGCACUCGGCGUCGCCUUCGUCGUCGUCGGCUCAGCAGCAGCAGGCCCAGUCCGGCUCGUCGGCCUCGACCAACGCCGCCGGCCGUGGUGCGCCCCUCGCCGGCUCGACCAGCAAGACGAGCGAGUCGUCGGCGGCCGGCCACAGCACGCCCGCCUGGGUCAACAAGGCCUCGGCCGAGCGCAAGGCCGACUACCCGACGCACGAGUCGGCCGCCGCCGCCGCGCCCUCGUCGCCGUCGAACACCUCGAGCACGACGGGAUCGUCGGCUCAGCAGUCGCACGAUGCGCACAAGCCGAGCCUCAAGGAGCGCGUCAAGGACGUCUUCCACCACUCGUCGCACUGAGCUCUCGCCAGAGGCUCCUCUCUCCCUUCCCUUCCCCUCGCUUGUCUACGCCCUCGUCACGACUCGUUCCGCUCCCGUCCCUCCUUCCUUCUCGACCUCUCUCCUUUUGUACAGCUCCCCUCCCCCUCUCCCCUCGCCUGCGCUCGAUCAGAGCCCGCCUGCCUGCAACGUCCUUCGUCAGUACCUCC